AUGCUUCCCGUAUUUAUUUUGGUCUCUAUAACAGUGUUGGGUGUCAGCACCAUGAUUGCAGUGUUUACCAAUUCACUUAUCAUUGUGGUGAACCUCACAGACAAAGUCAAGGGUAAGAAAUUAAACCCAUCUGACCUCAUGGUGGUCACUCUCUGCAUAUCCAACAUUUUGUUUCAGUUGAUCAUGUUGGUAAAUGAUUAUAUGAGUUUCCUAGAUGGUGACACUUACUUUACUGAGGAAGUCUACAUUUUAUCCACUGUCUUACUCAUGCUUCCAAUCUACUCCAGCUUUUGGUUCACAGUUUGCCUCUCCAUCAAUUACUACUUACAGAUUGUAAUAUCAACUCAUCAAAUUUUAAUCCGACUAAAGCUUGCAGCCUCAAAGUUGAUCCCAUAUCUGAUAAUAUCUUCGAUUUUUAUAUCAUUGGCUACUGGCCUCCCUGCAGCCUGGAACUUCUACCGAGCACCACAAAAUUUUAAUAAUUUAAGUGAUGAGAGUGAGGAAAUCACUGUUCCUAGACUGAGUGUUGUAUACUUACUGCCCAGCAACUUCAUCAGCUGUACCAUUCCAUUAAUCUUAGUUGCAAUUGCCAAUGGUCUCAUAAUCAAGACUCUUGUAACUCAUAGGUCAGACAGAAAUGCAAAGGGAGAGUUGAGUGCUCGAGCAGAAGGUCGAGUUCGAGCUGCCAGAACAAUAAGUUGUCUUCUGUUCAUAUACGUAUCAUUCUACAUAUCAGAGAUACUGGUGUUUGUGGAUGUUUUCCCCCAGAGCAGCCCAGGAUUCUGCACAUGCUUGAUGGUCAUCUAUAGUUAUUCACCUGCACAGUCAAUUGUCUUAAUUUUCGGGAGCCCAAGAUUAAAGCAAGUGUCUCAUAGUUUUUUCCGCUGUAAUAGAUAUCUAAACAAAGAAAAUCCAAGGACUCCAACUGUUUUGUUUAUCAAUCCAUAG